CAUCUCUAUGGUAACUGUGUGUGUAUGGGGGGGUGAGGCCUCGCCUCGGGCCUUCCCCUGCAAUAGGCACGGUUCCUCUCCCGGCCAUCCCAGCGCUGAGCACGCAGCUCCGUUUGGGGAUGGGAUGAUGAUGCAUUUCCACCUCGGCGUGGCUGGAGAUACCCUCGGUCCAACCCCCCCAUACAGCACUUCCCCAUAGCAGGGCGCACAGGAAAGCAUCCAGCUGAUGAGGAGCACCAGCAAGAUGUGGCUGCAGCGGUCAGACCUCGGCCCUAUGUUGAAGAGCGGGGCGAUGGGAUGCCGAGGCGCCGGAGGAACCUGGGAAACCGGAUGAUGGCCCAGAGGAGAGCACAACAGGCAGAGGAAUGGGUGGAAGAGGAAGAUGAUGCUGAGGAGGUGCCAGAACUUCAGGUGACAGGGAAAAUCGGAGCAAAAAAGCAGAGGAAAUUAGAAGAGAAACAAGCCAGAAAAGCUCAGAGAGAGGCUGAGGAAGCAGAGCGAGAAGAACGGAGAAAACUUGAGUCAAAGAGAGAGGAGGAGAGGAGGAAAGAAGAGGAGAGAAUCCGCCUUGAAGAAGAACGACAGGAAGAGGAGAAAAGGAAGGCAAAGGAAGAAGAGGAGAAGAGAGAGUAUGAAGAGUACCUGAAGCUGAAGGAGAGUUUUGUAGUUGAAGAGGAAGGGGUUGAAGAAUCAAUGACAGAGGAAGAGACUCGCAGCUUUCUGAAGGAAUUUAUCGAAUACAUUCAGAAAACAAAGGUAAUUCAGCUGGAGGACUUAGCUUCACAUAUGGGCUUAAGAACUCAGGAUGCAAUUAACAGAAUCCAGGACCUGAUGGCAGAUGGCACUUUAACAGGUGUAAUUGAUGACAGAGGAAAGUUCAUCUAUAUCACACCAGAGGAGAUGGCUGCCGUGGCUCAGUUUAUCAAACAGAGAGGACGAGUAUCCAUUACAGAGCUGGUCCAAGCAAGCAAUUCCCUGAUCAACCUCCAGCCUGACAGCCAAGCUGUUGCUCCAUCUGUGGCAUGAAAUUGUGGCGUGAGAAAAUGCAGGAGUUUAACUUCUUAAUGAAUAAACCACAUAACGAAAAGCAAACAAGAACCCUUCCUGUCUCUGUGCAGUGUUUGGAGAUAGGACGCUUUGUUUAAGCAUUAACUGCAAGAAUUGAUCAGAAGUUUUGCUUUUGGCUCUUUUAGGGCUGAUAAAAAAUUUGUACAAGAUAAGCUAGUCAAGAACACAGAGCUUAAGCACUCUGAUGUAUGUGUACACCAGGAAUAUCAGUAAUUGGCACCCAGUUACUUUAUCUAGGCAGGCACUUUCACGUGACUGUACCUGUACUUCUUGUUUCCAAAUUCUAAUCUGUAUCAAAUAAAUUUGGUUCAGACCCCGUUCUGAAUUUGCCAGGCUUGCUCUGCACUUGCAGAGUAUCAUGAUGUGGCAGUGAUAAAUACAGCCUGGAACAGUAGGUCUUAGGGAAUGAGGCUUUUGGGUUUUGUCUUCUGUCAAGGGACAACACACCCCUCCAGGGAAAGGCUAGCUUGCUUCAUGUAUUGUGCAGGACAAUUCUACUGAUAGCAACCAGGUUCUGAUGAUUCAUCCUGUGAAGUACGAUCUGGCUCAGUGUGUCUGGGGACCCCAAACACCUCCACUUCAUGGCCUUUGUUUUUUUUGAUGUAUUAAAAAAGUCUGGCAGUAUGAAUCAUGCAAUUAAAGUUGCAAGUAAAUGAUUACUAAUAUCUUAAUUCUAGGGGGUCAGUGUGUUUCCUGCAUAAGAAUAUUUAUUUUUAAUAACCUAAUUGAUGCUUGCUAAUUCUCUUUUCUGAAUUCAACUGAAUCUCUGUAUCCACACAAUAAUUGGGGAGGACAAGGAGUUGGUUUUGUCUGUGCUAAAGUUAGAGAUAAAUUAAGUAGGCUGAAAGCUGUGUUAUGAGUGAGAUGAGAUAGCAAAAAAACAAUGGAAGAACGCAUAUUUCCUGUCUAAUCUCUGCACUGCUGCUCAAUGUGAUGCUAUGCAGGAGUGCUGGGUUACAGCACGGCACCAUGCAUUGGUAUGAAAGAUCAGCAAGUCAUUAUUACUGGGUUGCACCACUUAGCUCAACGAGGUUACUUGAUGGGAGGCUUCUGAAGUCUCUUAAUUACUCAAAAUUUGGUUUUGCCAUGAUGUUUUUUGUUCUGUCCUAAACUAUUUUUGCAGUAAAAUAAAUUCUGUUGAAAGAAUUGGAGAAA